AUGCCCACUACCACCCGAAAUAAAGCUGCUUCAGGAGGGAUCAACCCUCUCUGGUGGCAUUAUGUCAGUGCUGCGACUUGUGCUGCUGUGGUAUUGGGUAACCUGCUCCGUUGGGCUUUUUUAGAUUGGACAGAUCCUUACCAUUGUUCUGCUUUAUUAAACACUGGAAGAUGGUUGGAUCCCGGUACAUAUACCAAUUGGCAACCUGAAGGCUGCUUCCAACCACCAUUACCAUCCACCACCCUUCUCACAUGUCUCAGUACUAGAACUCAAAACACACCUCGUCCUAUCCUUUUCGGAGCUUCCUUACUCGGAGGAAUGUACACUUCCAACGACGUUCCGGCACAACGACAAGUACUUUUCAUCGGUGAUUCAAGCGUGAGAUUGUUGUACUUUUCCACGGUCCGUUUGUUAGAUCAAGGGAUUGGGAAUGUUCCACAAGGUUGGGAGACGGAAAGUGAAAAACAUACGGAUAGAAGAAUCGUUUUGCCAAAUACUGAGGGAGCUGUGGAAAUGGAGUUUUGGUGGGAUCCAUAUCUCAACUCAACUCGAACACGUCAUUGGGUAUCCGGAGGAACAACAACACCUUCCUCCCUCCUCGUCCUAGGUUCAGGUCUUUGGUACCUUCGUAACCCUUCUUCUGGAGGAUUAGCACAAUGGGGUAGUAUGGUCCACGACACUUUCGAACAUUUGAAAAAUCAUCAAGGUUCUCCUCAAACCGCUCUUCUCUCACCUUGGGAUGAUAUGGAAUUAGGUUCCGGUGUAACUCUUCCAGGUCUUUUACCUUAUAAAGAAAUGGAACUCGACGAAAGAUCUUUUCACCCAUCUCCUCUCACCCCUCGCUCUUCACCUGUAUCAACUCGUUCACAAUCUCAUGAAAGAGAGAAAGACUCAAGGGGCGAAUGGGAAGAUUUCGCUUUAGCCGACGCUGUCUUUUUUCUCCCAGUCACAGAACCCGUUCAUUCUCUCCUCGCACCAGAGAGAGCGGAAACUAUCCUACAUACCGAUGUAGACGCCAUGAACGCUGAUUUAUACGCUCGAUUGGCACAUCCUGAUCCACCACCAGUCAUCAUACCUUCCGUGUUCAAUCGUUUGUUGGUGGAGGGAGAAACGGAAGAUGGAUUACAUUUCUCUUCCAAGAUCGUCAAGAAACAAGCUGAAUUAUUGUUGGCUUGGAGAUGUAAUGAUGUGAUGCGAAAAGGAGCACCGGAAGGGACUUGUUGUAGGAGAUAUUCUUGGGUUAGACCGGUACAGGGAUUUAUCGUCGUUUUCCUAGCUUUGUGGGUUCCAUUAGGGACUGUAUUGGCUAGUAAACUACCACCCCAUUCAUCUCUCUUCAGAUUCCUCCCCCCUCCAUCAAUCGCCGUUUCCCUCAGCACCUUUGGUCUCGCCAUCGGAUAUCUUUUCAUGGCUGACCGAACCACCGUUUUUCUCAAAGAAGGGAAAGAUUUCGAUCCUUGGAUAUUUGCUUCGCUCAUAAUCGCUUUUCUUGUGGUUGGACUUGCUACGAUGAAGAAUAGAGGCAAGGAUUUAGGGUUUUUGAAUCGGGAAAUCACCGAUGAAUGGAAGGGGUGGAUGCAGAUCGCGAUUCUCGUAUACCACUUUCUUGGUGCUUCCAAAGUUUCGGGUAUCUACAACCCUAUACGGGUGUUGGUGGCGGCGUAUUUGUUCAUGACUGGAUAUGGACAUUUCUUUUUCUAUUACAAAAAAGCUGACUUCGGUUUCGACCGCGUUGCCGCUGUUCUUGUCCGGCUCAACCUCCUCUCCGUUGUAUUACCCUACACGAUGAACACCGACUACGCAUUUUACUACUUUGCCCCUCUCGUCUCCUGGUGGUAUUUGAUCAUCUACGCCACCAUGGCUCUCGGACGUCAAUACAACCCUCGACCCGUCUUUCUCAUCCCCAAAUUACUCCUUUGCGCCGGAGCCGUCACUCUCUUCAUGCGACAUCCCGUUUUACUCGAACAUAUCUUCUCCAUCCUUCAUUCCAUAUUCCGUAUUCAAUGGUCUGCACGAGAAUGGUCUUUCCGUGUAACCCUCGACCUUUUCAUCGUAUGGUGUGGAAUGUUCACGGCUUACGGUUAUAUAAAAAUCAAAGAAUAUGGUCUGAUCGAAAAACCUUAUUUCAACUCUUUACGAAUAACCACUCUGGUCAUUUCUUUCAUCGGAUUCAUUUGGUAUUUCUGGUUCGAACUUUCCCUCUCAAAAUUCACUUAUAACAAUUAUCAUGCUGUUGUGGCUUCCAUACCAAUAUUAGCAUUCGUCUUCUUAAGAAACGCCAACCCUCGAUUGAGAAGUGUUUCAAGUGCAUUGUUUUGUUUCAUAGGACAAUGUUCUUUAGAAACUUUUAUUCUUCAAUUUCACGGUUGGUUAGCGAGUGAUACAAAAGCUAUUUUGUUGGUUUUACCAGGAUCUGGAACGAUUUGGAGAUCCGCCAAUUUGAUAAUUUCAAGUAUAUGUUUCGUUUGGUUAUCUUAUAGAGUCGCAGGUGCUACGAAUGAGAUUACUGAAUGGAUGGUAGGUAAGAAGAAAAUUAAAGGUUUACCGAUACCUGUCACUACUUCAAAUACAACUUUCACAAACAUACAACCUACUCUAUCGGUUAAUAUAUCUACCAAAGUUAUAAAGGAAUUAACGGAAGGUCCUGAAGAAGGUACUUUUGGUGGGGUACCUGAAAGUAUACCGAUGAUGAAUCAAAGUAAGAAGGAGGACGGGGGUGGACAGAUUAAUGGGGGUAAUUCUAACCCACAGUGGCGCUCACUUCUCUCUUCUUCACCACGAUACACUUCACUCUCUCCUUCCCACACCUCACUCGAAACAAUCUCAAAAACAAUCUCCGACAUUCGGAAAUUGGCACAAAAACAUACAUGGGUCAAAUUGGGUUUGGUGUUGAUAGGACUCUGGGUGCUCAAUUGGAUUUAUUAG